UAAAAUAAAAAAAAUAAUACUGAAACCACACCCAUUUUAAGUUUGUGCCGUAUAGUUCCUAUUUUUUAUUGUACAAAAGCAGAGAAAAUUUUGAAAAAUAUUGAAUUUUGUACAGUUUGUAUCUUUGACCAAAUUUGACAUUCUUGGUAUUAAAUUGAUUGCCGAAUCCUGCAGAAAGCAUCGCUAAAGUCUUUGGUAUCGUAUCGCCCACCUCUAGUCCAACGCUCGAGCUGAGCUGGUCUAGUCUCAAGUUCCCAUACACUCUGGUACAGAUACUGGAUCUGGAUAUAUCUUUCCUUGGGAUCAAGUCUACACGUUCAUAAUGUCAAGUUCAGCUCGUGAUUGUGUUUCGUGUAAAAAGCUCCUUAUUCCUCCCACUGCCAAUUUUUGUGCUUAUUGUGGAGCCCCUCAGGCUCAGCCUGGGCAUUCAUUAGAAGAGGAGGAUUCUCCUACUAAAGAAUUGUGCUGUUUGAUGCCGCAAGAUUUUGAUGAAUUAGAGAAUGAUAAGAAACAAAAAACCCAGUUAUUUCCAAAUUUAUCGAAAGUUUUAUUGCCUGUAUUGGAUGUUCCAAGAGAAAAAUCAGUGAAAGUACAGUUCAAUGCAGUCAUUCCUUUAACCCUUUGGGAAUGGGAAGAAGGAAAAUCAUCUGUGUACAUGAGAUUUGGUCAUAGAGAUAUAGGAAGUUGGAAUCGUGACAUUGGUCCAUGUACUUUGUAUAGAGGGGUAGGCAAUGGUUUGUUUGUUGUGGAGUAUAAGAUAUCACUUGAUUAUGAAUUUUUGAAAGAUAAUCAAAAUGGUCUGUCAUACAAAUAUGUGGUGUAUUCUCAAAGAUCAAAUUCUAUUGGUCAUCAGUUUGAGUUUUUACAUGGAGCUCCUCCUUUUGAGUCUAUUGAUAAUAACAGACUACUGAGGAUACCUCAAGACAAAUUGAAACCAGGAGGAUAUCAUAGACAGUUUGAUGCAGUAAUUUUGCCUGAUGUAAAGUCAAAUGAAACAAAGAGCAUUGACAAUAAAAGAUGGAAGUAUUUUGAUUCCAGCAAUUUAUCUGCUUUUGUGAUUCCUUCUCCUGCUGUAAUGCGUUCUUUGUGUAUGGAAAUAAUUUACAUGCUAUUAAGGGCAUCAUUAUAAAUGGAAUCUAUAGUCAAGAUUUCAAUAUUCAAAAUGUUUUAAUAGCAUUUCAAGGAUUGUUUAACUGUGUCUGUGUUCAAUGGAUCGAGCACAAAGGAAAAGAAGUACAGUGGGUUUUUGAAGGACUUGACAUUUAUAUCAAGGAGUGGUUUGAAUCUUUAGUGCAUGCCUUAUUAACUACAAAAACACUUAAGUCUCAUCUUCGUGUUGUUUCCGGUGUACUUACUGCUGUUAUUCUUAAAAAUAUAACGAAGUGUCAGUUUAUUGAUAUCACUGAAGAGAUAAAAAUUGGUUUAUUACAAGUAAUGAGUUUGUCAGUAGUUAACGGGAGAGAAGAGUUUAAAUUUUUGCAGGAAAUUUUAAGAACAGCUGAAAUAAAAAAAAUUGUUUUAGAUGCUCUAUUGUAUUAUUUAAGUGUUGAUCUAAAAGAGGAUGCUCAUGUUAUUACUGUGAUCAAUGCUUUACCACUUUAUCAUUUCUUGUCUGGUUUAUCUGUUCCAAACCAAAUUUCAUUAAAAGAAGCUCCUUGCAUUUUGAACCUGGUUGCUUUGAAUACAUUAAUUGAAAAAAAUCCAAACAUUUUUGAAAUGUGCUGUAGUACUAUUUUUCAACUGUUUCAACUUGAUUCGCAAAUGCUGGUACUAAUUCCCUACUUUAAUUGUCAGAAGAGCCUAAAUGUUAUUUGUGAAGUGUUACCUAUUGAAUUAUCAAUUGUCUGGCUCAUAAACCUCCAGUCACACAUACCAAACAUUUACCUAUCCUCUGUUAAUGGCAGAAAAAUGGAACAUGACUUUUUAAAGCCUAUGACUUGCAUUCAGCAAAGGAUUAUUACUAUAGAAAUUAAAAAGUUUUCUAUACUUAGCUGCUAUUCAGAAGCAGCUAUUUAUCUUGUGAAAUCUUUCAAAAAAAAUUUAGAUAGUUCCAAAAAUUCUGAACUAUUAGUAGUGUCAGUGGUUUCUCUUUUGCUUCAUAUACUUUACAGGGCUAAAAAAUUCAAUGAAGAAACUAACGAAUUCAAUGAAGAAACUAACGAUCAAUUGAGUCUUUGUCAAAAGUUGAGGCAUACCAUUCAAGGACUAUUAAUGGAUUGGGUAAUGUGUCCUGAUGUUGUUGGAGGUACUUUCUUUGGUGGAGAAGUAAGCAGAAAUUAUCAGGAAAUAAGGAAAAAGGAGGAGGAACUAAAGUUUUGGGAAAGUAUUUAACUUUGGAAUUUCCAGCAAAAGACAUAAAGAAUGAGUUGGAUGCAUUAAUUUUAGCUCUUGUUAAUGAUAGG